ACCACCAACCCCUAUGAUUUCCCUAUGAUCAGUCAAGGGCAGAUCACCGUCGCCAGCAUUGACGACAAGGAGGAGUUGAUGGCCACAGAUUCUGCCAUUGACAUUCUUGGGUUCAACAAUGACGAAAAAUUGGGCAUCUACAAGAUCACUGGUGCAGUGAUGCACUACGGUAACAUGAAGUUCAAGCAGAAGCAACGUGAGGAGCAGGCUGAGCCAGACGGCACUGAAGUGGCUGAUAAAGUCAGUUAUCUUCUGGGACUGAACUCCGCUGACUUGCUGAAAGCCUUGUGCUACCCGAGAGUGAAAGUGGGGAAUGAGUAUGUGACCAAGGGGCAGACUGUCCCCCAGGUCAAUAACGCUGUUGGCGCUUUGUCCAAAUCUGUCUAUGAGAAACUGUUCUUGUGGAUGGUUAUCCGUAUCAAUGAGAUGCUGGAUACAAAGCAGGCAAGGCAAUUCUACAUUGGAGUCCUGGAUAUUGCAGGAUUUGAGAUCUUUGAUUUCAACAGCUUGGAGCAGCUGUGCAUCAACUUCACCAAUGAAAAACUGCAACAGUUCUUCAAUCACACCAUGUUUGUACUGGAACAAGAAGAGUACAAGAAGGAAGGAAUCAUUUGGGAGUUCAUUGACUUCGGCAUGGACUUGGCUGCUUGCAUUGAGCUUAUUGAAAAGCCAAUGGGCAUCUUCUCCAUCCUUGAAGAGGAGUGCAUGUUCCCCAAGGCCUCAGACACUUCCUUCAAGAACAAGCUGUACGACCAGCACCUUGGGAAGUGCAACGCCUUCCAGAAACCUAAACCAGGCAAAGGCAAAGUUGAGGCCCACUUCUCCCUGGUGCACUAUGCCGGCACUGUGGACUACAACGUCAACGGCUGGCUGGACAAGAACAAGGACCCCCUGAACGAAACUGUACUGGGGCUGUACGUGAAGUCAUCUGUGAAACUGCUGGCCUUCCUUUAUGCCAACAGCGCAGCGCCCGCCGCAGAUGCUGGUGGUGCGAAGAAGGGUGGCAAGAAGAAGGGAGGCUCCUUCCAGACUGUGUCUGGACUCUUCAGGGAGAACCUGAACAAGCUGAUGUCCAACUUGAGGAGCACUCACCCUCACUUUGUGCGCUGCUUGAUCCCCAACGAGUCAAAGACUCCAGCCCUUAUGGAAAAUCAUCUGGUUAUCCACCAGCUGAGAUGUAAUGGUGUGCUGGAAGGUAUCAGAAUUUGCAGAAAGGGAUUCCCGAGCAGAAUCUUGUAUGGUGACUUCAAGCAAAGAUACAAAGUGUUAAAUGCAAGUGUUAUUCCCGAGGGUCAGUUCAUGGACAACAAGAAAGCAUCAGAGAAGCUUUUGGGAUCCAUUGAUAUAAAUCACGAGGAGUAUAAAUUUGGGCACACCAAGGUCUUCUUUAAGGCUGGUCUGCUGGGUGUGCUUGAGGAGAUGAGAGAUGAAAAGUUAGCCAAACUCGUGACCAGCACACAGGCUCUGUGCCGGGGCUUCCUGAUGAGAAAGGAAUUCGUAAAAAUGAUGGAAAGAAGGGAGUCCAUUUUCACCAUCCAGUACAACAUUCGCUCAUUCAUGAAUGUGAAACACUGGCCAUGGAUGAAGCUCUACUUCAAGAUCAAGCCGCUGCUGAAGAGCGCCGAGUCUGAAAAGGAAAUGGCCAACAUGAAAGAAGAAUUCGAAAAGUGCAAAGAAAAUCUGGCCAAGUCAGAAGCCAAAUGCAAGGCGCUGGAGGAGAAGAUGGUUUCUGUGGUUCAGGAAAAGAACGACCUGCUGCUUCAAGUCCAGUCGGAAGGUGAAAGUCUCUCUGAUGCUGAAGAAAGAUGCGAGGCGCUUAUCAAAAGCAAAAUCCAGCUCGAGGCAAAACUGAAAGAGGCAACUGAGAGACUGGAAGACGAGGAGGAAAUGAACUCUGAGCUGACUGCCAAGAAGAGGAAACUGGAAGACGAGUGCUCCGAGCUCAAGAAGGACAUUGACGACCUCGAGCUGACACUGGCCAAAGUGGAGAAGGAGAAGCAUGCCACAGAAAAUAAGGUUAAAAACCUUACUGAAGAAAUGGCUACUCAGGACGAAAGCAUUGCAAAAUUAACCAAGGAAAAGAAAGCCCUCCAAGAGGCACACCAACAGACCCUUGAUGACCUGCAAGCAGAGGAGGACAAAGUCAACACUCUGACCAAAGCAAAGACUAAGCUGGAACAACAAGUGGACGAUGUGAGUGAAGCCUACAAU